AUGGCUCCCAGAACACGGUCAUCCCACAACACUUCCCGUAACACUUCUCGCCGCCCCUCCUCUUCGCUAGAAGCGUCUGAACCAGCACCUUCUUCAUCCGCUCCAGAGGUACCCAGACCACGGAAACAACGAAAAACUAUUCAUGACGCGAGUGUCCCGACCGACCAAUCUCAAGAGCCCCUGCUCAGCCAGGCGUCAAAUUCUUCUGCAUCGCAGCAAGACCAGCAACCUACAGACCCGGAAUAUACAGAGCAGGAUACUCCAGCUCGGGUCCUUCGAUGGAAUGAGCCCUGGGCUGAACCUCCACUAGCACCUCCACUUCCAAGUUACAAGACAGAUUCCAAGAAGAAGACAAGGGCCUUUGCUCUGACCCCCAAUACGCCGCUAGGAGUGUAUCCUUCAACCUCUUUAAAGCGAAAACUCGGUCUGCUACCCACUGCGAACGCUACUCCUGUUCCAGCCAAGAAAACAGGUAGUAAGUCGGUAAAAUCUACAUCUGCUGCGACAACUUCUGCUGAAGAGGCCGGGCCAUCCGAGAGUCCGUUUGGAGAUCUCUUUGAACUAUCAAAUAACAAAUCACAAAUUAUACAUCCCCUAAUCUCUACAAUGGAAACCACCAACACCAAUGCGGAGGCCGCACCUGUCAGCGGCCAGUCACGUCCAUCUCUUCUUGUCAAUACUCCGCUGAGUCUGAAACACAAACCGGAACAGAUUUUCCGAGUCGUGGAUGCCGUGAUCGCACGAGCUCAAGCACUCAACGAUACCAAAGUCGUUGCGGCGAUGCGACACAUCAAAGAACUCACCGGAACGGAGAAAUACGUUUUCGGCAUUCUAGAUGCCGUUAUGAGUGAGCCGGAAGGUCCAGAGGAGCGGUCUCUCUAUCAGAGCCUGGUACGAGAGUCUGCUAAACAAGAAGAACACAAAAAAGUCCAAGCUUACGAGGCCCAAGGCGUCACUGCGAUGACCCGUACCCAAUCAUCAAUUAGCACCUCGUCUCUCUCCUCCGCGAAGUCUCUGGACGCUGAGACCUUCGCCCCUGCAAUGACCACCGGUCGUGCUGCUGCCCCCGCCAAAGGCAGAGGAGGUCGAGGUGUUAAGGGUAAACGGCAGCAGGUAAUCAGAUCAUCUCGGUCAAUCUUUCCGUCACUAGAGGACGCAGCGACUCGAAAGCGGAAUAGGUUGGUAGACCCUGAGUACUCUGAUGAGGCCCUUGCGGCCAAACGCGCUGCACUGUCGAGGCCCUUCACCGAUAUCUCAGUGCCGGAGAGCAACAUCCGAGACUCCGAUACGCCCGUCGCUCACGAGCCAGCCUUUCUCAUUCCCUCGAUUGCUACUUCAACUGGCAGCAAGAGGUCAAUAGAAGCCCUCGAGUCGGGUGGAGAGGACGAUGGAGUUCCAUUGACAACUGAGCUGGUUCCAAAGAGAGCCCGGAAAUCAGUAGCACUGGCAGAUGAGAUGGAUAACAUCGACUUCUGCCAUGCGUGUGGCGGCAGUGGGCAGCUUCUCUGCUGCGAUGGAUGCGUAAGCUCCUACCACUUCUCCUGCCUGGAUCCCCCAGAGGACCCAGAAUCGCCACCAGAGGGACAGUGGUUCUGUCCAGCUUGUGAUGCGAAGGGUCUCUGGGGUGCCGCGCUGGAAGACUUGGAGGGGAUACCUUCUAGAAACUACGAGCUGCCAGCUGGCAUCCGCAGCUACUUUGAGGGAGCCGACACUGGUGAAGAUGGGACAUACAAACAUGUCCCUGCUCUUCCGAAGGGCAGUAGUCGCUCUAGAGUGAAUCGCACUGGCCGGCUCGAGGACGGUAAUGCCUAUCUUAGGCUUACUGACGCCAAAGGUAAAUUGAUCACUUGCACUAAGUGCGGCCAUACGUCCGGGGGGCGACGUAUGAUCAUCCAGUGCGACUACUGCCCUUGUUCGUGGCAUCUGGAUUGCCUGGACCCUCCAUUGCCCAAUCCUCCUCCACAGGUGCCCGGGAGUGACAACCCGGCCCUGUAUUGGAAAUGCCCGAACCACAUCGAUCACGACCUGGACCUCAUGGACGGCCUGGAGGGAGGGCGAUUGGCACAGCUCCGUCGUCCGAGGAACUUUAGGUUCGUCGAUGUUGAGGUGUUGCCGACCGACAACGAGGCACAAAACCUCAACGAAGAAGAGCUGUCCGGGACGGUGUAUCGGGUACCGGAACGCGGCCUCAUUUUAGACUUUGUCUGUCGGGUUAAACGCGACCGCGCGGAAACCCAAGCGUUGGCAGUUGUUGCAACACAAACAGCUCGGGUUCCGGAGGGAAAUGUAUCCUCCUCUAGAUAUGUGUCGGAAGCUGUAAUGGUCUCCGACCCAGAAGUACUGGGUGAUGCAGAUGCGGCUGCCAAAGCUGCAUGGUCCCUCUUGGCCCCGGCUGAGCAUCUGGCAGUCAUGGCCCUUCAGGCCAUCGCAGCUGGUCCCCCGUCGUCCGGGGCGCUCGCGUACCCUGAGCGGGCUGCACAGUUGGUUACCCAGCUCGUUGCGAACGCGCCGGAGAGCAUUCGCAAUGAAACAUCGCUUUCGGAGACGGACAUUCUCCGGUCAAUUCAGGAUUUGGUUGGUCGGCGUCUCAACGCAUUGACCUCAGACGCUACUCUCCAGUGA